GAUAAUCGGGUCGUUGACGCAUCCUACAAUUUCCCAGAUGUAUAUUGGAUGAAGCGGGGAAGAAACGUGCAUUAACUCUGUUUGAUGUCACUGGGUACAAAUACUGCUGCAAAAUAUACAAAGGUGAUAUUCGGGACAUGGAGCGGACACGAGCGGUCGCGCUAUAUCGCGGUGACUUGUGCUCCUGCCGGCUUUGAAUCCCCAGUGGUCCAGGAGGUAUGUGCCUUGAAGGAUCGAGCGUCGUGCCACUUCUCUAACCCGAUUCUGAAUGUCAACUGCCUCAAAGACCAGCCCCGCCGCCGAACAGCUCGUGUGUGUUUUUUUUUAACCAAGUGCUGCCAGCGAACACAGAAAGCUUCCCCCGGGAAACGCCACUGCCAGAAUGCAUUUACCUUGCCUUAUUUAUCGGAGCAGAUAUAGAUAGGCAUUAGGAGAUGCCAUCACAGGCCAGGAUGCCGCGACUGGGCUUCAAGACCAUAAGAUUGUUGCAACGCCGCAACAAAUGAUGACCCAUGGUCCAUAAGAGCAAAGUCCAGGAGCUUUCGGUCGACCUCCACAAUUCAUUGGUGGCAUACAACCUAUCUUGACUAAAGCUUUUAGAUUCCAGUAUUUUCGCCUUCCAUCACAAUGCAUUCGUGAAGGUCGAAGAUGGUUUUCCUACUGCGGCUUAUGGUCUUACUGACAGUGGAAGAUGUUUUCAGGAACUUCGACCUCAGCGUUUCUGCCCAGUCGGGCGAGCGAAGGGUGGUUGCCCACCAACCGGGGGACGUCGUCAUUGGGGCGCUGUUCUCCAUCCACCACCAGCCACCCGCGGACAAAGUCCACGAGAGGAAAUGCGGCGCCAUAAGAGAGCAGUACGGCAUCCAACGGGUGGAGGCCAUGCUCCACACGCUCGAACGCAUCAACGCGGACCAAAUGUUGCUACCAAACAUAACGCUGGGGUGUGAGAUUAGGGAUUCGUGCUGGCAUUCCGCUGUGGCGCUGGAGCAAAGUAUUGAGUUUAUAAGAGAUUCCCUUGUCUCCAACGAGGAGGACGAGGGCAUCGUGCGCUGUGUGGAUGGAACCACGGUGCCGUUCCGAGUCAAAAAGCCUAUCGUUGGAGUUAUCGGGCCAGGUUCCAGCUCUGUGGCAAUUCAAGUGCAGAACUUGCUGCAACUCUUCAACAUACCUCAGAUUGCAUACUCCGCCACGAGUAUGGACUUAAGCGAUAAAACAUUAUUUAAGUAUUUUGUAAGGGUGGUGUCAUCUGAUGCCCGCCAAGCUCGAGCCAUGGUUGACAUCGUAAAGAGAUACAACUGGACCUACAUCUCUGCGAUCCAUACAGAAGGUAAUUAUGGAGAAAGUGGCAUGGAAGCUUUUAAGGAGAUGGCAGCUAAAGAGGGAAUCUGCAUUGCACAAUCUUACAAGAUCUACAGCAAUGCUGGAGAACAAAACUUUGAUAAGCUUUUGAAGAAACUGCGCAGUCAACUACCAAAGGCACGAGUUGUGGCUUGCUUUUGUGAAGGCAUGACUAUACGAGGCCUGCUGAUAUCUAUGAGGCGACUUGGAUCUGUGGGAGAGUUCCAACUGAUCGGCAGUGAUGGCUGGGCGGAUAGGUAUGAUGUGAUAGAUGGCUACCAGCGAGAAGCUGCCGGAGGUAUAACAAUCAAACUCCAAUCACCUGAUGUGGCCUGGUUCGAUGAUUACUACCUUCAGCUGCGGCCAGAGACCCACUUUAAUAAUCCCUGGUUCAUUGAGUUUUGGCAACACAGAUUUCAGUGCAGGCUGAAAAACCAACAGCAAGAAGAUUCUGACUAUAACAAGACCUGUGAUGGAAGAGAAUCAUUACAGGAACAAUAUGUUCAAGACACCAAGAUGGGAUUUGUGAUAAAUGCAAUUUAUUCCAUGGCCCAUGCACUACACAACAUGCAGCAAAGCCUGUGUCCAGGAGUUAAUGGGCUAUGCGAGGCAAUGAAGCCAGUUGAUGGGAGAAUACUACUGGAAUUCCUCAUGAAGAUCAACUUUACUGGGGCAUCUGGAGAUCUCAUCUCUUUUGAUGAGAAUGGAGAUUCACCAGGAAGAUAUGAAAUCAUGAAUUUUAAAAAGCUGAGGAAAGACCAUUUUGACUAUAUGAACAUCGGAAGCUGGGAAAACGGGGAACUGAAAAUGGAUGACGCUAGAAUUUGGGUCAAUAAAGAACUUGUUGUCCGAUCAGUUUGCAGUGACCCAUGUGCAAAAGCUGAAAUAAAGGUGAUUCGGAAAGGAGAAGUGAGCUGCUGCUGGACAUGCACCUUGUGUAAGGAAAACGAGUUUGUGUUUGAUGAAUACACCUGCCAGGCUUGCCCCCAAGGUUCUUGGCCAAAUGAGGGUCUCACAGACUGUGAAAAUAUUCCAGUGAAAUUCCUCAGAUGGGGAGAUCCUGAGCCCAUCGCUGCAGUUGUCUUUGCCUGCCUGGGUCUCCUGGCCACCAUGUUUGUGAUGUUCAUAUUUAUGGUCUACCGUGACACCCCUGUGGUCAAGUCGUCCAGCCGGGAGCUCUGCUACAUCAUUCUAGUGGGAAUCUUCCUUGGAUACCUAUGUACUUUCUCUCUCAUUGCCAAGCCUCAAAAGAUUUACUGCUAUCUUCAGAGAAUCGGCAUUGGUCUGUCCCCUGCCAUGAGCUACUCUGCUUUGGUGACCAAAACCAAUAGAAUUGCAAGAAUCCUUGCCGGCAGCAAAAAGAAGAUCUGCACCAAGAAACCAAGGUUCAUGAGUGCUUGCGCCCAGCUGGUCAUUGCCUCCGUGUUGAUAUGUAUUCAGCUAGGGAUAAUUGUUUCUCUUUUCAUCAUGGAGCCACCGGAAGUAAUUCACGAUUUCCCAACUAUCCGAGAUGUUAAGCUGAUAUGUAACACCACCAACAUAGCUGUCGUUGCUCCCCUUGGAUACAAUGGUCUUCUGAUUUUAAGUUGCACCUUCUAUGCUUUUAAAACUCGGAAUGUCCCUGCCAAUUUCAAUGAAGCGAAGUACAUUGCAUUUACCAUGUACACGACCUGCAUCAUCUGGCUCGCCUUUGUCCCAAUCUACUUUGGAAGCAAUUACAAGAUCAUUACCAUGUGUAUCUCUGUUAGUCUAAGUGCCACGGUGGCACUCGGGUGUAUGUUUGUUCCGAAAGUGUACAUCAUACUGGCCAAACCUGAACGGAAUGUACGCAGUGCCUUUACCACAUCCACUGUGGUCCGCAUGCACGUUGGAGAUGGGAAGUCAUCCUCUGCUGCAAGCCGUUCCAGCAGUUUGGUUAACCUUUGGAAAAGGAGAGGCUCAUCGGGGGAAACUCUAAGCUCCAAUGGGAAAUCUGUAACCUGGGCGCAGAAUGAACGCGCUUCCCGAGGUCAUCACUUGUGGAAGAGGCUGUCUGUUCACAUAAAGAAAAAGGAUAAUACAUCAAAACAAUCAGCCCUCAUCAAACCUUUCUCCAAGAGCUCUGAGAGUCGGCAAAGCAGCCACGGCUACCCGGACUCGAGUAUUAAAUGCCUGUAUGAUGUGUCCGAGGCAGAGGAGCACUACCCUGUCCAGUAUGUACCGCAAACACCAUCGCCGAUCAGCAUCGUGAGCCACAGGGCCGCAUCUGUCAGCCGGGCGGAAAAUGACAUGCCGACAUUCCAGUCUGAGCAUGUGCAGAGAAGCAGCUCUUCCCAGGGUUCGCUGAUGGAGCAGAUCAGCAGCGUGGUGAACCGCUUCACAGCCAACAUCAGCGAGCUGAAUUCCAUGAUGCUUUCGUCAGCUCCUUCAGGAGUAAUAGGGGCGUCUCCCAUCUGCCCAUACCUGCUUCCAAAAGAGAUCCAGCUGCCUGCGCCCAUCACGACCUUUGCAGAUAUCCAGCCCCUCCCUGCUAUUGAGGUGAAUGGUCGCUCACAGCUCACAGGAGGUGCUUCAAACACGAGCGUCAAAGACGGCACCUCUGAGACUUCAGUGGUUAAGACAGACUUUGAAGAGCUUGUGGCGCUUACUCCUCCUUCACCCUUCAGAGACUCUGUUGAUUCAGGGAGUGGUUCACCCACCUCUCCUGUGUCAGAAUCUGCACUUUGCAUUCCAUCGUCCCCCAGAUACAACACCCUUGUUCUGCGUGACUACACUCAAAGCUCCUCGUCUCUGUGAAUGUAUAAUGUCUGAUGAUCUAGCGAUGAGCUGAAACUAAAAAGAAAACCUUCAUUGACUUUAACCUAAACAUAAUUUGUUUUACUCAUGUCAACAAAUAUUGGCAACGAUCCUCCAAUGGUUGAAGGUGGAAUUACUCUGAAUGUUGGAAUCAAAUGAAUUCCACAAGCAGUUUGAGAAAAGCAUUUUGGUAGAAAACUGUCUGCUAGUGGCCUUAAACCUUGUGGGUUCCUAUCACAUGGAUUUUUACUUGUAUUUGGAAAGAGGGCUGGGAAGAGAUGACUUGGUUAGAUGGUGUUAAUCGCUUGUGCAUUGAUCACAAUGACAGCUCAAUAAGAAAACCCGUGAUUGCAGUUAAAGUUGACUUCAAGACUUUAGCAAUCUGCUACAAAGAUUGUUAUUAUCUAUAUCCCUGAUGUGAAACUGCAGACCUUCUCAAACGAUUGAGACCAAAAAUGAAUGUAAAUUUGUAAGAUGAGGAUCAUAGUAUCCAGGACCAAAAGGACUUCCAUUUUUGUAUGAAAGAGGUGGGGUGAUCCAUGGGAAGGGAACAUAUCUAUGACCAACUUGUAAACAGCUGGAAAGGAUGUGUAUACAUUAUAUGAAACAUAUCAUCUUGCAUUAGGAACAAAUUGUUGAAGUUGCAGUAUCCCUUGACCUUGGCUCAUAGACGUGUUAUCGUUGACAAAAUUAUAUUUAUACAAUUGCCAACAAAUAUGUUUGUGUGAUUGACGGUGGCUUUACAUUACCCAGUAACGGAAUAUGUUUUACCACAUUAAUUUUACCCUGAAUUUUCAAACAAUUUCACUGAACUUUAAUUUUCUUUGUGAAAUGAUGGUUUCCUAAAUCUUGUGAUAAUUUUGAUUGCAUUAUCAAAUUAUUUAAUAUUGUUUAGUAAGUGUAAUUACAAUUAACAUGAACAAUCCCUCUCUAAUUAAAAACAUUGAAAACCUUCACAUGGGUACUUAGAGGAUAUUAAAUUAAUUAAUACUAUAGAAUACAUGGCUGAAUUGUUGCAUUGCUUGAUUUAUUAUUAUAUUAAUUUUACAGUAUUAAUUAAAAAGUCGCAUGUUUUCAAAACCCAUGUUUAUACUGGUAAUCCUGCCAAAUGGGAAGACUGGCGUAGCAUGAGGAAAUCAACUAAACAAUUCAAAUGCAUUAUUCCCAUUGGGUGGCAUUAUUCAAGUGCUACAUUGUCUUUUAAUUGCACAUUUGCAGUUAGCAUGUGAGUAGACUGGAAUCAAAUUUCUAGGUGGCCACACAAUUGUAAUUGAAACGGUACCAGUAAUUUCCAAUAUUUCUCCAUUUUAUUUCGCUAUUUUUCUGUUGGCUUUAUUAGAUUCUAGUAGCAAAUUUUGAAACAAAAAAUUCACUUACCCCAUUUAGGAAGUAAGUAACCUCAUUAUAGAGAAUACAUGAGGAAAUUUGUCUACUAAUUACAUGGAAGUCCGUGUCAUUAGCAAAUUUGUCCAUGUCAUUAGUUAGCAUUGUAUCUUUCUCGAGAGAAAAGGAAAUUGUUGCUAAUAAUGACAAAUUGAAAUUUGAUUUUUUUUUUUCAAAUGGCUUAGCAAUCUCUAUGUAGACAGUGCUAACCAAAGGGAUACUGCAUCUUUAAGUUACUCCCAUGUCACAUGUAAAUGUUUUAAAUAAUGCAAAAAAAAGCUUUGAGAUUCAAAGCAAAUCAUGAAUAUUCAUUUCAAUGAAGAACGAUACAUAUUGAAAUAAAUGUUCAGAGGUUUACGCGAGUGUGCAUGAAUUAGGAUUCACACACGUUGGUACAUAGUGAAAUGAACAUGGUAUAGGGAUAGAGAAUAAUUUUAACAAAGUCCAAACAAUGCAAAAAAAAACUUUGGCAGUUUGAUUAGAACUCAAUUUUAUUGGAGAUGGUUGGAUGAUUGAAGCAAGAUACUUUAAAAAUUAGAAAUGAGUAUGGUUUGCUGCAAGUUUGCAGUUAUGGUUUUAUUGCUAUUUACCCAGUUCAAGGAUGAUGACAUCUUGGCCAUCACAGUUUUAAAGUCCUUGAGUAACUUUCUUCAAACAUUUUAAACAUUCCGCCUUCAUAUAAUUUAUGCUCACGCAAUUUAAAAAAAAAUGAGGAAUCAGUCUGGUGAAGGCAAAAAUAAUUUAAUACGACAUAAACAACUUGUUACUUCAAAUGAUUUAAAAUUUGAUUCAUGGUUGCUAGUUUAACGUAUAUCUUUAAAUAAGGGGUGUUCAUUUGUCAGUCAGGAUUUUGGCAAUCCUAUUCAUUGGUAAGAGACGUAAAUAGUAAAAGCAAGUAGCAAAUCAGGCAUUAUAUGUGGGGAGAUGAGACUUUUCAAUGUCUAAGAUGGCAACCCUUUUUAAAAGAAAUGGUUGAAUCCAAAAUAUUAACUCAUCUCACACUCCAGAAAUUCCAUCUUCUCUGUUAAUUACUUCCAGUGUUUUCCAUUUUACUCUUGGUUGCACUAUUUAUUUGCAGUUUAUUAUGUUAGAGUUUCUUUUUAUCAUAAAUCUCUCUUUUCAUUCAUUCUAGCAUUGGAUUUUAGUUGCAUUCUGUUGGAGGAACAUAGAUUAGCGCCUUUGACUUCACACAUGCAAUUAUAAAUUAAGGAGACCGUUGUUACACUUCUCCAGUAAAAUCUAGAUCAGUAGUUACAGAUUAAUCAAUGCAUAAUUUCAGCUAAUAAUGCAUGUCGUCACGAUAAUUAAUCUUACACUUUUCAUGAAUUUAUAUUUUUGUCAAUCUGUUGGGAAUAACAGUCUUUAUUCUAACAAUCAGAUGGCUUUCUGUAUUCUCCUCCAAAACCACCUGAGUCCACAUCACUAAUCUGAUGCUUUGAAUAAACAUUACUGUGCUUCCAAGCAGUCCACUUUAGCUUGGGGGAGAGGAGCAAGAACUGCAUCUUUUCAGCUCCUCUUUCUCUUUUGUUUCUGCGCUACUCACACAACAAUCUUUCUCGCCAGUUGCUUGUUUUGUUGCUGGACAAGGUGACAUCAUAAAGAUAGCUCUGCGCACACACACAUAGAGUAGUAAACACAUUUUAUCCAUAAACUCUGUGCUGCAGGAGCUUUUGCAUAAUAACAAAUAAACUGGUAAAUACUCGCGAACAAUAAUGAAUUGUGAAGGUGUGCAUAUUGGAAUGAAUUUAGCACAGAGCAUACUUAGUCAUAAUAAAUGCUUAUUGUAAACUAUGAUACACAAUACAAGUUGUCCAGCCAUGAGAGACAACACUGACCUUUGCUGCAGAAUUAAGAUAUUUGGUAACAACACAGCUUUUUGACACCUAAGGCUCAUUAUAACUUUACCAUAAAGUGAGUUUCUUCUGGACAUAAAACCAUAAACAUUCUUGCAACUGCUCCAUAUCUAAUUUACAAAUAAAGUUCACAUCUUACUCAUUGCUAAAUAAUUUGUUCAUGUUCCGUAACUAACUUCAUUAUAAUUCAAUAGUUACAAGGCACCAUUAAUAUCCUCUAAAUUAAACUGGAACUUUUUUUUGCAUUUGGAAAUUUACAAACGAUGAACUUCUAUAAAGAUUAGCCAGAUUGAGAUAAGGGUGGUGUAAAACUUGUUUUUUUGUGCACCUUCUAAUUCAUUGAGAGGUUUGACUACAAAGGCAUCAGUAGAACAGAAAGUUUACACUUCCAGAUGUUCACAGGUGAAAAUGUUGGACAACUUGUACUACUGAAAAUAUACUAUAUCGUUAAUGACAAACUGGGGCAUAUCUGCAAAGAAUGUAGCCCCAUUUUAUUUGUGUUUAAAUUGAUUAUUGAUGUUUUGAAAGUGCAAAACUGUGACAAGGUAUAUUAGAUUAAAGCAAUAAUGAACGCAAAACUAGUAUCAGUACAGGCUCGGUCACAAUAAAUCCUGUAUGUUUUGUGAUAACUUUAAAUUUAAAAACUGAAUCCAAACAUCUUUGAGUUCAUUAUUGUGCAAUACAUCUAUAUUAAUAUAUUGUCUAGUUUACAUACUAUAUUGUAUAAAAUGCAAGGAUUAACAUAUAUCCUUGUAUUGUUAACAGUGAUUAGAGAUCAUGGCCACAUGUAGUUACUAAGGUGAAUUUCAGAGAUGGUUCAGUAAAUGAAGAAUUAUUAUUGGCACAGUUACUUUGCUUCUUCCUUUAAUGAACACUGUUCUUGCUAUUUUACCUUAGCAACAGCCUUAGUAAUGUUAUGCAAACAUUAUAUUCAUGGGCACAUGCAACAUUUUGCUGCAAUUGAUCAAAUAGAUGUGGAAUGUGUUAUGUAACCACUUUAAAUGAAGGCAGCAGUUGAUUUUUUGCAAAUGGCACUUGCCAUGUUUCUCUAACGCUGGUAAUAUUUUUGAUUGCUGUUUUUAAGAAGACAAGCAGACGAGUGCCAACUUUUAGAUUUUAUUGUGGGCUUCAAGUGCUUCUACUUUUGUUACUUAUCUUUGAUACGUUGUGAAAUUUCAAUCUCUUUUGUGAAAUAGCAGACUGCAUUUUUUUCUAGUUUCUUGAGCAGCGCAAAUAUAAAAUGUGAGGUGACGAGAAAACAUGUUGGGGUUUCAUUUUGGUAGAUAUUUUACCAACUUAAUCUUAUUGUGCUACCUCUUUGAUCCACAUUCCCUUCUGCUUAUUUAUAGCCUCAUGAAAUCUGGACGCAUUGGAUGUGUCAUUAUUUGAAGAACAAGCUGGCAUGAUUUUGAUACUUUGGAAUGCUACAAACACUGCCUGACUAUUUUAUCACUGUGGGAAUAACUCGCAAUCCAUUUUAUUAUUUGUAGAAUGAACAUCAUCAAGCCUAUCAAUAAUAGUUUGAAAUCAAUGGUUGGGUAUAUGCUGCGAAACUAGAAUUAUAUUUAGUCUGUCUUAAUGCCAGUACAGUAUUAAUUUUGUUAUGUAGAAUGUAAAAUAGCCUUAUUGCCGUGGAACUUGAUACAUUUUUGGUAUUAUGUGCUGCUGUUCUUUUCCAGCAAACCCGUCUAGCUUUGUAAAUGCAAAAAAAGGUAAAUUAUUUCAACCAUUUCUAGUGGCACAUUUUGCUGUUUGUUAGUCAAAUUGUUUUCUCCUGUUAAAAAAUGUGAAGUGUUUAUGUAUAAUACAGAGUUUUUUGAAUAUUAAAAUUAUAUUAUAAAAUAUGUUUUCAUGAUGCAUGUCUUAUAGUUUGGGAUAUGGUUCUUAACAGAGAAGCAAACACUGCAAUUUAUAUCUGUGUCACCCAGAAUAAUACAUUGUAGUAAGCAUAUUUUUAUUUUUAUUAAUGGGCUGCCAUCAAUAGUUUGAUUGAAAAAUAAUGACUUGGCCAAUCUUAUUUUAAAUUGUACUUCCCAUUCAAUCCUUCAUAACUUCUAUGAGCUUUAACAUGAAUUCCUAUUCUUGAAGAAGGGCCAAUGCUGUAAAUGAAGCUUGCAUAAUGUCCCAACAGUUAAAAAUAAAAUGUCAAUGACUCUUUAAAUGUCAAUUUGUUUUGAGAAAAAUAA